AUGUCUGAAGCACUUUCCUCGCCGUAUCCGCCUGGUUUCGACUCGUACAGUCUUGAUUUUCUCAAGCAACAGCAAAGCCUCGACUUCUUCUCGUUCCAUUCGCCUUCAGACAUCCUCGCACCACAUCCCGAUCUCUUUGAGUCUGAUAUUGACUCCAAUUUAGAGGCGUUCGAUGAUCAGCUUCAGCUCCUGACCGUUGAUUCCAAUUCCGCCUACUCUUUCCUCAGAUCAGAUCCCCACGGGCCUUGUGGACCUCUCUCCACCAUAACAGUCUCAUCUGACUCGGCUUAUGAUUCCCACUCUGAGACCUUUUACAGCGACCACGCCUCUUCCUACCAAUCCUUUGAACCUCAUCAACAGAAUCCCAACCCAUUCAUUGACUUUGACUUCGAGAUGGACUUUCAGCAAAGAGUUCGUGUUGGAUCAGAGUAUGCCGCCGCGCAGCCCAGCAUCUUAGACGACUCUGCUGAUCCAACCUCCUUUGGCGCUUUACCGCCCACUCCGCCUCGCAGCCCAGCCCUGCCCCUCGCUUCAGUCAAGUCGUAUGAGAAACCUUACCCCAACCGUACCAGCUAUUCCGACUAUGGCCCACCAAGGCGCAACUCAAUCGCCGCAGACUAUUAUUCUCAAAUUGGCUUCAACCCCUCGGCUCUUCAUCCCUCCAUCUCUCCAUUGCAUCCGUCCACUCAACUUCCCCCGGUAGCUUCAGUGGCCCAUGCUCGUUCUUCUGACGAGUGCAAAGGUGACCCAAGAAAGAAGUACAAGUGUGCUGCAUGCCCGCGUGCAUUUGCGAGGGCUUAUAAUUUAAAGACCCACAUGGCGACGCAUGAUCCUAAUAGGCUCAAGCCCCACAUCUGCCCCCAUCGUUCUUGUGGUCGUUCGUUUAGCAGGAAGCAUGAUCUUGGCCGUCAUCUCAUCAGUAUCCAUCGUGAUGAAUCCGUAACUUCCUCGCAAUCAGUUUCCUCAAAGAAGUCGAUCGGUGUGGAGAAUGGUCCCCGUGGCUGGUGCGAGACUUGUGGCAAGGGUUGGGUUGGACGUAACCCUGAGUGCAACUGCCUCGACGUGAAGUAGAUGCACAAUCACAUUCCUAACCAAAUAUGCUUUCCUUUGCGCACUCGUCUGCCAUCCCCCACUCGUUCGGCUCCGCAGUCGGUUCUCGUAUCCAUGCCCCCUCCGGAUUCCCUCACCUGGAAUCGCUGUCGCGCCACGCGUCAUUCGUUGUAUCACGUUUCGUACCGCCAUUUUUUGCAAAUCUUGGCCCAGUGACGACGUGAUCUCGAUAUGAAUUUCUCUGCUAUUAUAUCUGUGUUGCUUUAUAUCCAUUUUUUAUAUGUGGAUGGACUCGCCGUUUGGAUAGCCUUGUUGUCCCUUGCCCUCCUUGAUCAUCUAUCUGCUUUUCUAUAUAACUAGUUCUUGUAUUAUUUCUGUGCCCUACAAACAAACAACUCCCACUGAAUAAAUUCAACUUCGCGUAUA